AUGCCAAAGCACCUCCCUGGGACCGUUCGGACGGACAGUCCCAGCAGGGUGGCAGGCGGCGGCGCAGCCUUCACACAGGGUGCGCCGUCCCUGAACGACGUCCCUCUCCUCCUGGCUUCCGGCACGUCGCAGAAGCCAGGGGACAUCCUCCUACAGGCUGGAGUGGAGGCUCUGCAGUCGCAGGCCAGGAGGGCAUGUCCCCUGGCCUCUGCGAUGCGCCGGAAGCCAGAAGGAGAGCCACACAAGGAUUCUGCCCUCAUCAAGCUCUGGGGGAGCCUGGGUGCCGGCCUGUGGAGCUGUGAAUUGGUGGAAGGAAUGAAGACCACAGGAAGAGGUGCUCCAGACUGUCCCAUCAAUCAGAGAAACUCAUUUGGUGGGUACAAAAAAGAGGACUUUUUCAGGGGCAACCUCAUGAUUAUAAACAAACUCCCCAUGAAGGUCCUGGCCAGGCCUGGGCCUUUUAUGAACAAAUCUCAGCUGGUGGCCCUCGAGGGGUCACCCUCCCCGGGCUUCCAUGAGGGGACCAAGCCUAGAGAUGAUAGACAACAGGCACAAGAACCACAACACACUGAACCUAGUGAUGACAGACAUCAGGCCCAAGAACCACAUCGUACUAAACCCAGUGAUGAUAAACAAGAAUCAUCCGAACAUCCAUGUUCCUGCUCUAAGCCAGAGGCACCUGAAAAAGAGGCAUCAACGUCUCCUGAAAAGUCUGAUUCAGAUGAUGAAUGUGAAUAUCCUGAAGGAGUCCAUACUGCAUUCAGCAAAAUACUUCAACGACUUAACAGACCUAGCACCAAUUACAUUCUGAGUUUUGCCAACAAGCUCUAUGGAGACUAUGCCAUUGCUUUCAUUCAGAAAUUCCUUUUCUGUGCUCUGAAACUGUAUUGGACAGAAGUGGAUGGAGUUGAUUUUCAUUGUGCUCCUGGGGAUGUGAGGCAACUGAUAAACCUGUGGACUGAAAUCCAAACUCAUGGUAAAAUCAAGAAUAUUCUACCCGAAGGAAGUGUGGAUUCUUUGACUGAGCUGCUGAUGGUGAAUAACAUGUACUUCAAAGGAGUAUGGGACGUUGAAUUUAAGAAAGAGCUCACAAAAGAAGCCCCAUUUUUCACAGAUGCGAAGGCUUAUCAUACUGUACAGCUGAUGCAUAGCAAGGGGACCUUCAGUACGGGGACAGUGUAUCUAAACAACAUCGAGGCGCAAGUUCUUGAGAUUCCCUACAAAGACCAUGUGAUGAGCAUGUUCGUAUUACUCCCGGCUGAUGAAAGUUCUGAAGCUCUUCUUCAGCUGGAAAAUGCACUGACCUAUGAAGAUUUGCUUGACUGGUCCUACGAUCUGAAGCCUGAAGAGGUAGAGCUGGCCAUUCCCAAGUUCAGCCUGGAGAAGACAGUGGAAGCUGACAAAUACUUGGAUCUGUCACUUCUAAACGAUUCUGAAAAAGCCGAUUUCUCUGGCGCAACAACCACUCACGGGGUGGCUCUGUCUCAGCUCGUCCAUGAUACUUUCUUCGAGGUUGAUGAAGAGGGUGGCGAAGCACCUGCCACAAAGGAGGCCCAAGUCUCCCGGCGCCAGCGUCGGGGACCUGUGCCUUUCAUAGCCGACCAUCCCUUCCUUUUCUAUGUUCGGCAGAAUUGCACCAAAAGCAUUCUUCUCUUUGGUAGGUUCCUUAAGCCCGAGUAAAAGAAUGAUUCUGACGGACGAAAAUCGAGAUCAGCGGAAAACGACGAUGGAAAACGAUUUUAGAAAAGUUCAUUCUUUUGUUUUUUUUCCACUUCGCUUCAUGCCUUGUGAUUCUAAUCGCUGGAUGGAUAGGGGCAAAGGCAAUCUGUAUUUGGUGGUGGGUCUGAUUUGCGCUCUGAAGGAAUUCUGUUGUUCUGCCUUCUCACACCAUUUUGCUCCAUGUCACUUUGUUUAAAGAACAACCUUCCUUUAUCCUUGAAUGGGAGAACUAGUCCUUGUCUUUACAGUCAGCUACAGACAAAUGGCCAUAUUCCAAAAGAAAAAUAGUCCCUUAGAGAUCUGUGAAGAGAGUAAUGUGGACUCCGAAACUACUCUUAUAGAAAAAGCUAUACUUCUUACUUCUGCACAGUUAUUAAAGAGGGUUGUUCUCUUUCUGUUUUGGGAUGUGGUCAUUCAGGAGAAAUAUGCAGUGCUUCAUAUGAGACUUUUUUGGUUGACUCCCAAUGUGAGCAAACUGUACAUGCUUACUUGAGAGGUAGUAAGGACAUGCCUCUCAUUGACACAGAAUUGACACAGACGCAGC